AUGGCGGAAAGCUGGUCUUUCUUGGAUACUUUGGAGCCUGACUUCAGGCCUCUGGUAGUAAUUGAGCUUGCAAAAGGUACUAAAGAGGAAACCGUAGAAUGGUUCACUAAACGAAUUGUGGACAAAAAAGCAAAUGGAGGUGCACAACUGAUGGUUAAACCAUUGGCCACGGAAAAUGGAGAUGAAAAUAUUUAUCUGGUUGGAGCUUCCCACUUAAGGCUGUUGCUGGGAGCUGAGACUGUGGGUUUGGUGAAGGAAUGUAAUGAUAACUCAAUGAGAACUUUUACAUACAGCAGUAGAAAAACUUUCAAAGAUUUUGCAGAUGACAAUCACAAUUUCCUUACAAUGGCAGAAUGUCAGUAUAUCAUCAAACAUGAACUUGAAAAUUUGAGAGCUAAAGAUGAGAAAAUGAUUCCAGGAUAUCCUCAGGCAAAGCUGUAUCCAGGAAAAUCAAUUGUAAGAAGAUUAUUGACCAGUGGUAUUCUAGUUCAGAUUUUCCCACUGCACGAUAGAGAAGAGUUGAAAAAGCUCCGUCACAGUUGGUAUGGCCAAAUGAAAGUUGGCUAUCAACCUUUAGAUGAGAUACGCUGCUACUUCGGCGAAACCAUUGCUCUCUACUUUGGCUUCUUAGAGUACUUCACAUUUGCUUUGAUUCCAAUGGCUGUCAUUGGGAUUCCUUAUUAUGUGUUUGCAUGGGAAGACUAUGACAAGUAUGUGAUGUUUGCCACAUUCAAUCUGCUCUGGUCCACUGUGAUACUGGAAGUUUGGAAGAGGAUUUGUGCCAUCAUGACAUACCGUUGGGGGACACUGUUGAUGAAACGACAGUUUGAAGAACCAAGGCCAGGCUUCCAUGGUGUCCUGGGUAUCAAUCCCAUUACUGGGAGGGAGGAACCCGUGUACUCAAGUAUUAAGAGACAAAUACGGGUUUAUCUGGUGUCCUUACCAUUUGUGUGCCUUUGCCUCUACUUCUCACUGUAUGUGAUGAUGAUUUACUUUGAUUUGGAACAGUGGGCUCUGGAUUAUCAUGAAGAGAAUGAGUCUAACUUCAGCAGCUUGAUGCUGUUUGUGCCCAGUAUCAUAUAUGCUGUUGUGAUUGAAAUUAUGAAUCGUAUCUAUCGGUAUGCUGCUGAAUUCUUAACAUCAUGGGAAAAUCACAGGCUGGAAUCUUCAUAUCAGAAUCAUUUAAUUCUGAAGGUUUUAGUGUUCAACUUCUUAAAUUGUUUUGCAUCUCUCUUCUACAUUGCUUUUGUCCUGUUUGAUAUGAAGCUUUUGAGGCAGAGCUUGGCCACUUUGCUGAUAACUUCGCAGAUCCUUAAUCAGUUUGCAGAAUCCUUGCUUCCUUACUGGCUCCAAAAGAGACAUAAGAAGAGGAUGAAGAAACGCAUGUGUUCUCUGAAGACAGAUAUGGACCUGCCAUUAGUCGAACAAGUCAAGUUGGAGAAAGAAAUGGGCACCUAUUUUGGUACUUUUGAUGAUUACCUGGAGUUGUUCUUACAGUUUGGCUAUGUGAGUCUUUUCUCAUGUGUUUAUCCACUGGCAGCUGUCUUUGCAGUGUUAAACAACAUCACAGAGAUAUAUUCUGAUGCCUUAAAGAUGUGUAGAGUUUACAAGCGGCCAUUUUCAGAACCCACAGCAAAUAUUGGUGUUUGGCAG